AGAGCUUCUUUCGUUGUGGACCCCUGCAGAUUGUCAAUCAGUUUGAAAACCGGACAUCCCCUUUCCCUCGCCAUAAAGUGUCGCUGAAACACAGAAAUGGGAAGAAGCGAGACUGAGGGGCACACCCAGCCCCUCCCCAUAGGCUGUCCUAUGGUACCCAGCCCCAUAGCCCCCAAGGUCGCUUCCUCUUUCUGCUGGCCCCUCUCCUCCCCUUCCUUCCCAUUGGCUCGAAUGUGCCCGUCUUUUGCCAGGAUGCUGGGAAUGUCACUGAAGCCAAACCCAUAAUGCUUCCGAAAGAGGACUCCCAGAGCUCCCCCCAGGCAUGCCGGAACGUAAAGGUGUUCCGGUCCCGCAGCAGGAAGUUGAAGCGGGCCCAGGGGGGCUGGCCUCGCCCACCUCUCAAUUACUGUAUCCUGAUUAGCCUUGCCCUGAGCAGCAGCGUGGACAGCAGCCUGACUGUGCAGGAGAUCUACAAGUUCACCAGGCACCAUUUCCCCUUCUUCCGCACGGCUCCAGAGGGCUGGAAAAACACUGUCCGGCACAACCUCUGCUUCAGCAGCAGUUUUGAGAAGACGACAGACUUCGUGUGCCUUGAAGGGAACCGCAAGUCCCGACUGUGGAAGUUAACCACGGAGGGCCGGCGGAAGUUUCAGGAGGAGGCCCAGGCGCUGCCAGAGGAUAUGAUGGGCUUGGUGCACCAGAGCAUGGACAAGCCAGAAUUAAUGAGAUCUCUGUUUGGCCUCUGAUCCUUGGUGUGGAAGUGUGGCAGAGCUGGGCAUUUGAUGGAGCUCCCAAGGAGGAUUUGACUUCUGCCCUCUGGAGGCUCAUGCUUCCUCCAAGGGAAGAGGAUGAAUUUUCCAGGUGGGGGCCUUUGGAGCCCUGCGAGUCCUGCCUCCUUGGUCCUUGGCCGAGAAUGCGCUGAGCAGCAGGAGGGCUGCUUUGGGGCAGGGACGGAGCUCCUUCCUCCCCUGGAGGUCGCUGUUGGCCGGCCUUUUCCCUGAAAGAAUGGGGGAGAGGGGGUCCUCCCUCGUUUCAGUGCUACGAUUUCUGUUUGAAGCAAUAAAGGUAGCUUUAUUUAUUGGGCUCCCCCAGUGCCUGCUUUUCCAUUCCUGAACCUGGAGAAGAAUCCUGGUGCUCCAAUAAAUGGAUUAAAAGAGAGCAACAUUGUGUAGUUUUUUUGUUGAAUUUAUUGUUUUUUUAAAUUUUUGCCUCUCCUUGCUGGGAUUGUAGAAACUACUGAGGCAUAAUUCUGCUGCCCUGACAGGAACGCUUUGAGGCGUCUUGGUGGGACGCCAAGCCCCUCCGCGACAGCCCCUCCGCGCUGCCCCAAGAACCCUAAGACCCAUCGGCCACAGCCAACGUCCUCCCAACUUCCGGGGAGAGUAUCGGGCGGGCCCGUUACCCCUGCCGCAGCGGCUCCGCUCCGGGCAAACGG